AUGGUGACGACCUUUGGCCGCGUCAUUGAACGUGACGCCGUGCGGCUGCAGACGUGCGUCGGUCAGCCGGCGGCAGUCCCGGUCCGGGCGUCCAUGGAGUCAGUCACUUCACAAGUGUGGUGAGUUAUUACUUAUGUUAUGGUAUAAAUGUGGGUUUAUCUGUAUACACAUUAUGUCCUGAUGAAAGCCUAAGGUUAUUGGGCUGAAACGUUGACAUUUUGGAUAUUUGAAAGGUAAUUAAAGCAAACUUUUUUCAAGUCCCUGGAGUGCUAUCUUUGGAAACUUUUUUUGUAUUUUGGCUGACAAGCACCGGGCAUUAUAUCAAUUAAGAAGGUGGAGUGCAAGAUUAUUCUCAAUUUUUAUAUAUAUAUAUAUAUAUAUAUAUAUUGCUUUUUCUAAUAUAAAAUAUUGGUCCUUUCAGGGUAAAACGUUUAAUUAUACAGUAAGCAUACGCACAUGCAGACACAGGCAAUUUCACUGACAUUUCAGUGACACACACAAGCUCAUUGAUACACAGCCUCAUAGACAAACAAUCUUACUGACAUACAUCAGCUCAUUGACAUAAAAACACAAGCUCACUCACUAGCAGGCACACGCAUGCAAGCAAGCUCACUCACUAGCAGACGCACACACACAGCUUAAUGUGGUGGUACUGGUGUCUAUAUCAUGUCCCUACAGGCUUUUCAACGUAAACACUGACUUUUCAGACAAAAGGCAGUGUUUACAUUGCUUCAAAGUGACACUGCUAGUGACAGUCACUCAGACGGUCACUAGAGGUGCUUCCUGUGUUAGUGCCCUCCCGCCCUGAAUGAGACUGGCGCCGGAAUAUGACGUCAUAUUCCGGCGCCGGUCUCAUUCAGCUGCGUGCUGGGGAGCAGAGCCAGCGCAGCUCGCGCAGCUCCCUCAGCGGCCGCCAGGACAAGUCCGCCAGCGGCCGCCAAAAGACCUCCCCAGCGGCCAGGGGAGGGCUGGCAGCCUUAGGCCUGGGGGGCAAAACCAGUCAAGUAGACUGGUGCACCUGCCCAGGAUCAGAGCCGGUGCAAGGAUUUUUGCCGCCCUAGACAAAAUAAAAAUUUGCUGCCCCCACAUGUCACAUCACAAUGCCCCACCCAUAUGAUCUGCCAUAUGAACUAACGCCAGUGCUGCACACAGUGUGUGUUUACAUUAAAAAGCCUGCAGGGACCAGCUAUAGACACCAGAACCACUUCAUUAAGCUAUAGUGUCCCUUUAAUGUGAGGUAAAUUAUAGAUUAGUGUCACUAAUAAUAUACUAGAUUGCCUACUUACAAGCAGAUGAGGAUGAUGAUGGGCUGCAGUUUGGCUCCACUGGUCUGGAGUAGAACAGGAUCUCUGGAGGCUGUUUGCAACUGUGGUCACAAAAUUCAAUGUUCUGGGAGAAUUGGAAGCAGCUCAAUUUUUUGGGGGCCCCUUACACAGCUCAAGGUCUGGGCCCCAGGGCCUGACGGUGAGUAUGCCCAUAGGCCCACUCAUAAGUUCCACCCACCCAUGAGUUCGCUCACAGGGAGUGGAGUGUGUAGGGGAUGUGUUAUGUGUUAUUGUAGAGGAUCUAAUAUGUGUGCUUAUGGUAUGUAGUGUUUAGGGUUACCAGUUUGUGCAGGUGAUGCAGUGUGUUUGUGUGUAGUGGAAGCAGUGUGUAUUUGUGUAUAAGGGAUGUAUUAUGUGUUUCUGGUUGUGUGUAAGGGAUGCAUUGUGUGAAUCUGUGUUUGUAUGCAUAAGGGAUGCAAGGUGUGUGUCUGUAUGUGUGUGCAUGAGAUGCAUUGUGUUUCUGUGUGUAUGUAAGAAAAGAAGUGUGUGUGUUUGCAUGCGUGUGUACGGGUUUGCAUUGUCUGUUUCUGUGUAUGUGUGCAAAGGAUGCAUUGUCUUUGUGUGUAAGGGUUGCAUUGUGUGUGUGUGUGUAAUGGAUGCAUUGUGUGUUUCUCUGUGUGUAAGGGAAGCAUGUUGUGUUUCUGUGUAUGUAUAGGGAUGCAUUGUGUGUGUGUGUGUGCGCGCGUAGUGUGAAAGAGCUCCCUGUCUUGGCCCCUGUCCUAUAGAGCUGCCCCUUCUUCUUAUUCCCCUCCCUCCCCUCUUCUUAUUCCCCCCCUCUUUUUAUUCCCCCCCUAUCUUAUUCCCCCCCUCCCCUCUUCUUAUUCCCCUCCCUCCCCUCUUCUUAUUCCCCUCCCUCCCCUCAUCUUAUUCCCUCCCUCCCUCUUUUUUAUUCCCCUCCCCUCUUCUUGUCCUCCUCCCUCUUCUUGGCCUUCCCUCCCUCCCCUCCCCUCCCUCUUCUUAUCCCUCCCUCCCUCUUCUUGUUCCCCUCCCUCCCCUCUUCUUAUUCCCCCCACUCCCCUCUUCUUAUCCAUCCCUCCCCUCUUCUUCCUUUAUCCCUCCACUCCCCAUCUUCUUAUCCUCUCUCCCCUCUUCUUAUUCCCCUCCCUCCCCUCUUCUUAUUCCCCUCCCUCCCCUCUUCUUAUUCCCCUCCUCCCUCUCUUAUUCCCCCCUCCCCUCUUCUUACCCCCUCCCCUGUAGCGUGGCCGAGCUGCACUCCGGUCCGCGGUGGCCGGCCGGCCGGAGUGAUGGGAAGGUGCACGCUGAGUGUGCACUUCCUGUCAGUCCGGCCGGUUACAGGAAACAGAAACUCCGUGCGGAACAGGAGUUUCUGUUUCCUGUAACCGGCCGGACUGACGGGAAGUCGCACACUCGGUCUCCGACUUUCCGACAACCAUGAGACGGUGCGGCUCAUUCCCUCUGAAAGGCUGAAGCCUGAGGCUCUUAACAGAGCGCUCGGGCGGCUGCAGUAUUUAAAGGGCCAGCCCGCCCCUGACAGUGAGAGGAGCAGGGCCGCCGGACCGGGGAAGCUGCCACCCGGCCCGGCGGCUCCAGCCAGGAACGCGGCCGGCCCCCAGGUGCCGCGGCACACCGGGAAACCCGGUAUCCCGGUGGGCCAGUCCGGCCCUGCUCUCCGCCUUGUGAACCUCCCCUGGUUGUGUCACAAACUGGGCCACAAACGAUAA